GUCACAUCCCUGGAUUCUUGCUUACAUAUAGGUGAAAUUGAAGCCUGAAGGGCGUCAGGGUUUCAGAACUGGGUUUUUGUGCAAUUUGGUUGUAGCUGCGACGUCCGAGAUGGGGAACUGUCAAGCGGCAGAAGCGGCAACGGUGGUGAUUCAACAUCCGUCGAACAAGAUCGAGAGGAUUUAUUGGUCUGUUAGCGCUAAUGAGAUUAUGAACUCCAAUCCAGGCUAUUAUGUGGCACUUGUUGUCACUUCACCCACGUUGAAGUCAGAGAACGGUUUGCCAUUGAAGCAACUUAAGCUCUUGAGACCCGAUGAUACUCUCUCAAUCGGAAAUGUUUAUCACCUUAUCAGCUUUGAAGAUGUGUUGAAGGAAUUUGCGGCAAAGAAGUGCAUGAAACUUGGGAGAUUGCUCAAGGAGAGAGGCGGGCGUGAUCGUUUGGAGGUGAAAACUAACAUUUCUAGUGGUCCGAAACCAAACCCGACCCAGAACUCGAAAUCUGAGAGCUGCGGUUUUGUUAAGGGGGUAGUAGGGAGCAGCGGCAGUAGCAGAAACAGAGUUGUGGGAAGGCAACAUGGAGUUGGUGGUGGUAGUGGUGGUGGUGGACAGUGGAAGCCAGCCUUACAGAGCAUAGCAGAAAUUGGAACUUGA